CACUUCAAAACCACAGAUUCCGAGCGAAACCCCAAAUCCCCUUUGGCAGCGAGCUCGCCGGCGAUGCGGCCGCCGGCGCCUAGGCCCCCUGCUGCCUCCUCCUCGUCCUCCUACAGCCAGCGCGAGCCCCGCCCAGAGAACCCGCUCCUCCUCCUCCCUUCCUGCCGCGCUGCCAAGCUCUCCCUCGGCUGCCCCCUCCUCGACCGCGUCCUCUCCGGCGGCCUCCCCGCCUCUGUCACCGAGAUCGCCGGCGAAUCCGCCUCCGGCAAGACCCAGCUGUGCCUACAGCUCGCCCUCCUCGCGCCCCAGUCCCCGCUCUCCGCCUCCGCCCUCUUCCUCCACUCCGACCUCCCGUUCCCCCUUCACCGCCUCCGCGGCCUCGCCCCCAAAUCCCGCCCCGAUAUCCUCGACCACGUCCUCGUCGCCGCCGCGCACUCCCCCACCGACCUCCUCUCCCUCCUCUCGCGCGCCCAGCGCCUGCUCGCCCACCCCGGCCGCUCCCCGCACCGCCUCCCCAUCCGCCUCAUCAUCCUCGACUCCAUCGCCUCCCUCUUCCGCGCCGACUUCGACGCCUCACCGGCCGACCUCAAGCGCCGGUCCGCGCUCUUCUUCCAGAUAUCCGCCAAGCUCAAGGAGCUGGCCUACAGGCACCAAUGCGUGGUGGUGGUGACCAACCAGGUCGUGGACGUGGUGGAGGGCGACGCCGGGAACACCGUGGCGUGGUCGUCGGGGCGCCGGGUCAGCCCUGCGCUCGGGAUUGCGUGGGCCAACUGCGUCAACACGCGGCUGUUCCUGACGCGGGAAGUGGACGGCGCCAGCGGGAUCGCGAGGAGGCGGAUGAAGGUAGCGUUCGCGCCGCACCUGCCGGAGCGGGGGUGCGAGUUUGUGAUACGGAGGGACGGCGUGUUUGGCGUCGAGCCGGCGGGAGAGGUAGGCGCUCCUGUUCUUGGAUAAAUGUGUGGACAUUACCUAUUCGAUGAAAUGUGCCUGUGGUAGUUGGUUUGGGCAUGGUGUAAAAGAUCUUGCCAUUUUACUUGAAUUAUGUAAUGGAUCGAAAGCAGUGUAAAUUAAAAGUUUGUUGCAACACAAAGUGCAGCUUGUUAAACUCGUCUGGGAAUUCAACAACCAGUGUCGUUAAAAAAACAUCAUAGCUCCUAAUUGAAGCCUAGAAUCAGGAACAAUAAGGUUCUUGUAUUCUUCAAUGCUCCUAGAUUCAAACGUGCUAAGAUGUAUGUGCUAAUGUAAUUUAUUGUUUUAGUCAAAAUUUCCUAAUGUUAUUAA